AUGGAACAUCUGCGGAGAUCCCGGUCGUCUCGAUCUAUCAGGAGAAGCCAUCACAGUUCCCAAUCCACUGAACCCUUCGACCCGGAGCUUGCGAGACUUCAUGCUACUACUGCAGCUUCUCGAGCUAUGCUACGCUCCAAAUGCUCAUAUGAUGCUUUGGGUGGCCCCAGUAAUAUGGCCGUGCCUCAGAGGAAACAUCUCCCUGCUGAACCCCCACAAAAGCCUAACAAUGUGCCCAUUGGUCCUGGGAAUCCUCAUUAUCGAUAUACGGCCGAUAAUAUGGAUACCUCCAAUACAGACCCGUCUUUAUCAGCCGCUCUGCCUUCCAUAAGCGAGUUUCGGGGACUCGACGCCGGGGUUGCUGCUUUGCCUUCUUCCUAUCGACGACUCCGCAAAACUCGAUCGAUGUUCUCGACUGGGCAGCGCUACUCUCGUGGAUCCUUCGGAAUGCCAUCGCCCGAGUCCUUCAAUAAAGGCCUUGCGGGGAAGGCUGACUCCCAGGAUGGUCCACGAGCAUGUGGCACGUUGAGACGCUCCAUGUCAUUUUUCCGAGGGGACAGCCGAGCCUCUGAUGCUCUCCGGCAUGCAAAGAGUCACGACGCUGCGAUUGAACUGGCACGCAGCCACUAUCAACAGUCAGGAGAUCAUCCGUACCAACCCAGAAAAUCAUCACUCUCAAUCCCCAAGCUGAGACGAGAGCACAAGCCGUUCAGAAAAACGCUCCGUAGCGCCGUGUCGGAUGCAGAUGCAGCAAGUACGCCAUCAUCGACACAGCGGACUACUACCUCAUCUUAUGGAAAAGCUAGGUCACUGUCUUCGUCUAUCAAGAAAGGGAUCAAAAAGGUGUUGGGGCUUUCUAAGCCUCCAGUCCACCUACAUGCGGAGAGAUCAUCAUCUUUUGAUCAGAAACGAACUCAGGACAUACACUCGACUGUAUCCGGAAUGCAUACGGACUCCUUGAAGAAUAAUGUCGGGACAGCUGACUUGACACGUUUGGGAGGUUCUGAAGGUCCUGUUACACACCACGAAGUUAAGAGAACUGGAAGCUCCGAAAGCCUUGCCACAAGCCGCUCUCGGGUGACGAGCUGGGCGGACUCAACCAUAGCAAAUACUAUUGUAACACCAAAAGCCGGUGACCGCAGCUCCUUAUCUAUAAUCGAUGAACGAGAGAGCUCAAUUCCCCAACCCGAAUCGUCUGGAGAUAAUUCUAUCACCACAUGGAGCCCCCCCAGACCCGACGGUAUGAUUGACAGCCAGCGAUUAUAUUCUGCACUGAUGAAGCGCAUUGAUGGGAAUAAUAAGCAAAAUGCAAGCGAGGAAAUCAUCCUUGGCCACGUCAAGGAGCACCGCGCGAUUCCGACUCCAGCGCCCUCCAUGUAUACACGCCGUAGCAGACAGACAAUUCGUCUGAUCGCUAGUGAUGAGUCUAUCCAAUCUCCAGGAUCGUAUACGACAGCAUAUGCGGGUACGACAACCCCUCGCCAGUCGUCACAACGCGUGGUUCAGCGCACUCAGGGACCACAGCACUUGCAGAAAAGUGAAGUUUGCAACCCUUACGCCUCUGGUGAACUGGAUCCUUCAAUUCGUGCAACUAAGGAGACCCUUGGAGAAGACGCCAAGGGUGUGAGUUUGGAAAGACCACGAAGCCCAGAUACGGAGCUCGAUUCCCCUAGCGUAUAUUCGCGUACAACUAGUGGGAACUCGCCCAGUACGAUGGAUCUGAAAAUAGACGCCAAUGGCCCUGAUGCAACAGAGGAGCCAGGCAUGGCAACCAUUUUUGCAAGCCAGCGGGCGGCUUAUAGCUCCCCGAAACGUAGCCUUGGUCAAGGCCCCGUGGGAUCCCAACGACCGAGUGCCGAUUGGCAACAAUGGAUGCAUACUCAGAUGGCGAGAAUUGAGAGAACUGAGAACCUUGCACCGACAAGAUGCCAUUAUCGAGAAGAUGCACAAAUCCAUGACGAAGGAACGGCCUUUGCUUACCGAACCCCAGCCCGCGAUACAGGGGACUUUCGGCAUGGAUUGCUUGAAGAUGAUAUGUGGACGACUUGCAAAGUAUCCGCAAAAAACAACUUUUCCCGUCCGUUUAGCCGGUCGUCAAGUAUACGCACAACAGUGGCAGCCCCAAGGGAGCGGUCCAAUACCCCUCUUCCUCCCCCUCCCCCUCCAAUCUCAACCUCGCCAAAGAUAUCAAGCAGUUCCAGUGGACAUAGCUUCUUGAUUAAUCAAAUCGAGACACGACCCAACAGCAUCGCAUUAUCGCCAGUACACCUGCUAUCAAAUAGUCGAUCUCGAGCACCAGAGUCACCGACUCCAAGAAGAGACGCAGCCGACAAAAAUCAGUGGCAAGCAACCAGCAGAAAACAAGGGAGGUAUUCUUCUAGACAGCUUCCGGGAACCCGAGACUUGAAAGCUUUCCAGGGAAGAUCUGCACGUGCCGUCCGCGACAAUAGAAGAUUGACAGAUGAGAACCUGAGAGCCGAAAAUGGGUAUCGUGAUGACACGAACCAAGAUAGCCCGCUUCAGAGCACGUAUUCGCCAAUUUCUAGCAAGCGUAUGGUAGAAAUGUUCUUAGAAAGCCGCCGCCAGAGGGGGACAGAGGUGCCCGAUGAAGCAGCAUCCGAGGGCGCGUUUAUUUAA